GACAAGUGCCUUUCACAAAAUGACACAUAUUACGUAAAUUUAAGUUGCUGAGAUAGUUUUGGUGAAAAUUUAAAUUUACGUAAUAUGUGUUAGUCACCAUUUUGUCAAAGGCACUGGUCUGUUAAACACUUGAUCUAUUGUGUGGUUAGCAUGGGCCUGUGUGUGUGUGUAUGUGUGUGUACUCACCUAUUUGUACUCACCUGUUUGUGGUUGCAGGGGUCGAGACAUAGCUCCUGACCCCGCCUCUUCACUGAUCGCUACUAGGUCCUCUCUCUCCCUGCUCCAUAAAAUACCUCGUCUUAAAACUAUGUAUGUGUGUACAUUCACCUAUUUGGAGUUGCAAGGAUUGAGUUUCAGCUCCUGGCCCCGCCUCUUAACCUCGUACGACAGGCUUCACAUGUUUCCUGCCUUCUGGGACCUGCCUCGUCUACCUUUAUGUAUUAUAUACUUUCCUGUUUAUACAUCUGCUGAAACAGUUUUGGUGAAAAUCUAACAUCUGGAUACGAUCGUUAAUUUACGUUUAUGAAUUUAUCAAUACGUAUUAACUGUUAGUAGAGCUGUUAAGUCCUGGCUAUGGUAAUAAAAUAUUUACAUAUUUAAUCAGUGAGAUAAUUGGAUGAUUAUAGCGUCAGUGAAGCUAUAAGACAGCUUACCGCAAAGGAAUUUUCAGCUCUUCAAGCACAUUCGUCAGACAUCGGGGAUCAUCUGCAACACGACAUCAGUGUAACGAAGGAAAGUUUUAGACCAAUGAGACAACAAGAAACACGGAUGUGAAAGAACUUGCACAAACGUCUUCGACACCCAGUGAGAGAGAUGAAUCCACAUGACGUCAGUAACCCUACAAGAACAUCUAGGAUGGAUCCCACCCGGUGCAGCUAGUGGCAUUAAUCAAUACUGCGAACGCAAGGGACUCCAUAGAUGAUGGCGAAAAGUUCUUGGACCAAGGAAUUUGAGCUACCUUCUCCUUCCCCGGAUUAAGCCUUGUUGUGUAACCCUUUGUGGGUUUAGUGCUUCACUAUGAAGAUAAUUUCAGAACCUUUGUAUGAGGGAGCAUGAGUGAGCACAGCUGAUCGACCACAACAAGAGAAGCACAGGAUACAGAAGCUCGAGUACAUCAAUUGCAGUCUGUUGCUGUGGACCUCUGGCAGUCGAAAGACCUACAACGCCAAGACGAAGAACUCUUGAGGUCAAGAGGAGAAAAAGAUAAAAUAAGAGAGUGAAGCAUUAUCAUCAUGUACUACGAGAAGGAUACAGCCACUGGCCGGCUCUCCUCUUCUUCUCUCAAGACUCCCACUAAUAUGGGAGCUGUCCCAGAGACUCAAGGUAUCCUCUAUGCCCCAGGCACUGUAUUUCCUAAAGAGCAGCCUCCUCAUAGGGGCUUCUAUGGUCCUGUUCCUGAAGCUCUAAUAGAAAAAAUGCGUUUGUUUCAGUGCCGCAACAGCAUCCCUAUUCAUCUGAAAGGUGGGCCAGUAGACAAGGUUUUGUUUGGGUCAACUCUUGUGCUUUGUGCUGUUGGACUUGCUGGAUGUUUCCAAUUUUUCUAUGGAAUGGCCUUUCCAAAGAAAAAUUAAGAAUUAUUUAGUUAUGAAUUGUACAUAUAUUCAGAAAUGAAAACCUUAAAGUUA